AUGCCUGCUGGAAGCUCCACCACCAAGAAGACGCCCGUGCGCAUGGGCAAGGUCUUCUCGCAGAUGCUGACGGACUGUCCACUUGAUAUCCAAGUGUACGGCAAGUGCGUGGCCAACAUCCACGGGGGCGUGAGUCGCCAGGCGUGCGAGAAGGAGUUCCAGAAGCUGCGCGCCUGCUUCGAGCGUGUGGCGCACAAGCGCCGCGCAUAG